UGGGCGCCCGAGGGGGCCCGAGCGGACACCGCGAGGGGCGGCGCUGCCUCCCCGCCGAGCUGAGCGCCCGCCGCUGACCCGCCCGGCCGAGCGGGGCCCGGACAGCUGUCAUGGAGGAGUUGGUAGAGGAUGACAUCUGUAUUUUGAACCAUGAAAAAGCAGACAAUGCUCACAAGAGAGACAGUGAUAUUCCUGUUCCAUCCUAUAGUGGAGAUGAGUCUGUUGCCUCACACUUUGCACUUGUCACUGCAUAUGAAGAUAUCAAGAAACGACUGAAAGAGACAGAGAAGGAGAACUCCUUCUUAAAAAAAAAAGUGAGAAUUUUAGAAGAGAAGGUGCUCGGCUCCCGGGCGGAAGAGGAGUGCAGCUCGGUUGGGCGGGAACAAGUCAAUAAGGCCUACCAAGCCUACCGAGAGGCCUGCAUCGACCGCGACCAUCUGAAAAGCAAACUGGAAAAAAUGGCAAAAGAAAGUGCGGAAUCCUUGAAAAACUUGAAUGAACAGUUGCAAUCUAAAGAAGUAGAGCUGUUACAACUAAGAACUGAAGUGGAAACUCAGCAAGUGAUAAAAAGUCUGAAUUGUACUCCGGCUAACUGGGAAUUAGAGAAGCUGAGCAGUGACCUGAAAGUGCAUAGUCUGGAACAAGAUCUAGAAAAACUCAAGGAAGAGUGCAACAGUCUCAGGAAGGAGUUGCAAAAUUCCAAGCAGAAGGACCAGGCUCAAGAGGAAAAUCCAUUACAUGGAGACCACCUUCAAAGGCAAGACAUCCAGAGUUUGCAACAAACCUAUUGGGACCUGAAGAGAGAAAUGUCCAAUUUGCGUGUAGUGACUGACAAGCAAGCUGAGGUCCUGCGAAAACUGAAAAGGAACCCACCAGGAGCCAAGAAAGCUGCCUGUACUGCACCAGUGCAAUGUGUUGACUUGAACAUUUCAAAGGUGAAUCUGACAUCUGGGGUAGUGCAUAAAAACCUGUCACAAAACGACAAAGCCCUCGGCAGUGCUGUGUCUCCCCCUCUGCUGAGAGAUGCCCGUGUCCCAUCAGAAAGGGUGACCCUACAAGCUUGGACAGAUGAGAGACCAAUUCCAGCUGACAGCAAAAUGUUUCAGGAACACCAUUCCUAUGGAAAGAGCUCUCUGGAAGAUAAUUCCUGGGUAUUCCCAAGUCCUCCAAAGCCCAAUGAGAAUAUGUUUUGGGAAAUGAAAAAUAAUCCAACUUUGUUAAACUGUCCAGCAGAUUACCUGGAUCAGUGUAAUCAAAACUGUCUGCACAAGAGUUAAACAAUUUUUAGAAUGAACUGAGGCAUUUUUGGAGUGAUUCUGAAUAGGCACCUUAAUGCUCGAACUUUUAAGGAGAGAAAACAAAUUGCUUGAAAUGUUCUUUCUUUAUUUUUAAUUCUAGUUCCAAAUCAGAAAGCUGAGUCUUCCUCUGCUGUAAAUCAGGAGUGAGUUCCUUGAUGUUAAAGCUGUGCUGGUGUAAUGUAAAUACAAAGAAAUCUGGUAUGGGGCCUAGAUAGUCUUGUACUGCAAAUGACAUACAUUUGCUAAAGGUUACAAUGAAAAGUGAGUUUGUGGAAUAAAACAAAAUAAUCCA